CUGCAGUUGCUCAGGGUCCUGACUCAGAGGUAUUAAAGGCAUCUAAUGCCUCUACAGCCCCAGUAACCUGUGCAUCUGCCAGGCUGAGAGGACGCUGGCACCAUGAUCAAGCUUAAACGCAGGAGGCAAAGCCUUUUUCCCAAUUACAAACUUGGGUUCUCAGUCCCUGCUCCCAAGGAUCCAGUGGAUUCUGAGCUACCUUUUGGUCAACCCAACUGGGUAAAACCAUGGAAUUCGAUGCAGGAAUUAAGUAAGGAUAUAUAUGACAUCUAUGCAGAGUAUGAAGAUGACGAAGAAGAAAGGUUGAUGUCGACCCCCAGUAAACUGUCCUCUAAGACUAAGAACUGCAUGCUGAACAUCAAUGUAGGAGGCAAGGUCUACCAGAUCUCUUACAGGGUAGCAGCAAAAUAUCCCAAGACAAGAAUUGGCCGACUUGCAACGUACACGGACCACAACAGGAAACUCGAUCUCUGUGAUGAUUACAUGGUCCAGAACAAUGAGUUUUUCUUUGACCGGGAUCCAGACAUCUUCCACAACAUCUUCAACUUCUACAGGACUGGAGUUCUCUGGAUCAAAGAUGAAUUGUGCCCACGCAAUUUUUUGGAGGAGAUCAACUACUGGGGUGUCCGUAUCAAGAACACCCAUCGCUGCUGCCGCAUUUCGUUCGAGGAACGGCAAGAUGAACUCAACGAACAGCUGAAGAUACAACGGGAACUCGAGGCAGAGGUGGAAACUGAGGAGCAUGAGGACUUGUUUCAGGAUAUGGCUUUCGGUCAUACACGUUUCCUCAUCUGGAACAUGAUGGAGAAGCCCUUCUCUUCAGUCAUAGCCAAACUCAUGGCAGUGGCAUCCAGUUUCUUCGUGCUGGUAUCUCUCGUGGCUAUGACUCUCAAUACGGUAGAGGAAAUGCAAUAUAAGACGACCACCGGCCAGCUGAGCGGGAAGACCUACUGCGAGUAUGUUGAGACUUUGUGCAUUGCGUUUUUUACCAUGGAAUAUCUGCUCCGGCUGGUGUCCACACCUGAUCUCAAACGCUUUGGAAGGAGCGUACUGAAUGCUGUGGACCUGAUUGCAAUCCUUCCAUUAUAUCUUCAAAUGAUCUUAGAGUGUUUCGAGAAUGAAGACUAUGGGAAGCAUGGUAGUGAUAUUGAGACCGUAGGACGGGUUGGUAAAGUGGGGCAAGUCCUCCGCAUCAUGCGUCUCAUGAGGAUAUUUCGUAUCCUAAAACUAGCACGACACUCAACUGGACUUCGAGCCUUUGGCUUCACACUCCGGCAAUGCUACCAACAAGUGGGCUGUCUUUUCCUCUUCAUUGCAAUGGGAAUUUUCACCUUCUCUGCCAUGGUGUAUACCGUAGAGCAUGAUAUGCCUCAAACAAACUUCACCAGUAUUCCACACGCAUGGUGGUGGGCAGCUGUGAGCAUCUCCACUGUGGGCUAUGGCGACAUGUUUCCAGAGACCGCUCUGGGCAGGAUUUUUGCAUUUGCGUGCAUCUCGUUUGGAAUUAUUCUCAAUGGCAUGCCAAUCUCCAUCCUGUUCAAUAAAUUCUCAGACUACUAUUCAAAGCUGAAAGCCUAUGAAUACACCUCCUCUCUAAAGAAUCGCGGGAAAGUGAGGUUUGUGAAAAGGGCUGCAAAGAAGGUUGCAGAAUGUUUUUAGGUUGCCAUGUGCUGACCAACACUUUCCAUCCACGGACUGAUUUUUAAUUCAUGGACUUGAUGGUCUUCCCUUCAAAAUAUGCAUACCAUCCAAACAAAAUUAGCCAUUGUUUGCUUUUGUGCUGCUGGACACAUGCAUAUUGGGGGACUUUUGUACUAUAAACAAAAGUAGUUUCUUUUAAAACGAACCAACGUUCCUUUCUAGGCUGCUCUUACAAGGAUGCUGUUAAUAAAUACUUGCCUUGACACAACAA